GUUAACCAAUACUGCACUGCGUGGAGAAAGCUACUCCUGUCGCUUGUUAUUAUUGCAAGGAUCGCGUCACAAAAGCAAGUAACCUUUGAGCAGGAACUAAACACAGGGUUAUAGUGGCUGUGUGAAAAUACACAGGGAACGCUGCUCGACAAUAAAUAAAAAAAACACAGAAAGACUAUAAAAGUAAGAUUCUCGUUUAUAAUCUGUGCAAGAUGGCAGCGGCGACAUGGUCUCUAAAGAUAUCGAAGCCCCAGCAGUUACUGCUGUGCAGGUAUAAAUUGGGAUCGACGAUCUACAGCAGCAGAGGUUGUGCCAGUAAGAGCAAGAAGGGCUGGUUCCAGUCUCUAUUUGUGCACAAGGUGGACCCCAGAAAAGAUACCCACUCCAAUCUGCUGUCAAAAAAAGAGACCAGCAACCUCUACAAGAUACAGUUCCAUAAUGUGAAGCCAGAGUGCCUGCAAGAAUACAACAGCUUAUCGGCGGAGGUUCAGAACAGGCUGCACAGUGACCAGGACUAUCCCUGUGAGAUUGUGGGCAGCUGGAACACCUGGUACGGGGAACAAGACCAGGCCGUGCACCUGUGGCGAUACUCUGGGGGUUACCCAGCCUUGACCAAGUCUUUAAACAUGCUUCAGCAUGAUAAGGAGUACACAGAGUUUCGGAAGGAGAGGAGUAAGAUGCUGAUCUCGCGCAGAAACCAGCUGCUCCUGGAGUUCAGUUUCUGGAACGAGCCUCUGCCCAGGGCGGGGCCCAAUAUCUACGAGCUGCGAACCUACAGACUAAAGCCAGGCACCAUGAUUGAGUGGGGGAACAACUGGGCUCGGGCGAUCCAGCAUCGGCAGGAGAACGAGGAGGCCGUGGGCGGUUUCUUUACCCAGAUAGGAGAUCUCUACGUGGUUCAUCAUCUGUGGGCCUACAAAGAUUUGCAGUCUAGAGCAGAGACAAGAAAUUCUGCUUGGCUUAAACCCGGCUGGGAUGAAAAUGUGUACUACACAGUGCCCCUGAUUCAGAGCAUGGAAUCUAGAAUCAUGAUCCCUCUGAAGAACUCCCCUCUGCAGUAACAACAGCAGACCCUGGCUCUAUACAUUCCACUGCGUCAUUCUAAUCAAACACGAACCCCGCCCCCAGACCCUGGCUCUAUACAUUCCACUGUGUCAUUCUAAUCAAACACAAACCCCGCCCCCAGACCCUGGCUCUAUACAUUCCACUGCGUCAUUCUAAUCAAACACAAA